AUGCAAUUUGCUUCUUCGUGGCAGGCUGAUGUGGCGACAAACACCCGGUCCAAGUAGCUCUGAAGAGUUGCCAGUUUACAGGAUUGGCAAAGUAUGUCCGAUGGGUCGUCUUGACCUGGUGCUUCUCGGACAAAGUGGGCAGAAAUUGCUUGAGCUGACAGCAGAAACGACGACUGUCCGAGAUCUCUGGGUGCAGACGUUGGAAGAGCUGUGUCUAGCCGACCAAGCAGAACGAUGUGAGGAGGAUUCCAAAAGCUUAAAGGAAAAACUGGAGAAACAGCAAGAGAAGCAAAAAGAGCAAUACUGGAAAGAUCGAACGGACGAACUGGAGAAGCGACGGCGUGAAGCUGAGGAACGCAAGAAGAAGAUUGGCGUUAUAGGAAUGAAAUACACAGCCCAAGCGAUGGCCAACAGAUAGAGUAAAGCAGUAGAAGCCACAAGGAGCUUGAUAAUUAUUGCCGCGAGGAAUGUUAGAUUUAUCACUUC